ACGAAAACCCAGUUUUUUAAAGUGUCUUUGGAAAAUGAAAGGAUGUACACUAUUGUUGUGUGGCUUCUCACAACUUCUAGUCGAGUUGCUAAGGAUAUCUCAAACUAUUUUUCUACAAAAACUUGUACAGAACUUCUCAGAUCCUGACUUUGGUAAAGACAAUUCAGCAUAUUAUUGGGCAGCCGCCCUUUCAGCUUGUUUGGUUCUUGGUUGGGCAUUGCUUCAUCAGACAUUUCUUGUUUUGGAAAAAACUGGUACUCGAUUAAAGACUGCUUGUAUUGGUAUGAUUUAUAAGAAAGUCCUCCGUCUGAGUAAUCAUUCAUUAUCAAAAGUAACCUCUGGCCAUAUAGUGACGUUAAUCUCAUCUGACGUCCAUAAAGUGCAAGAGGGAUUUAAAUUUUCGAAUUAUUUAUGGAUUUCACCAAUACAACUGAUGGUCGCAGUUGUUAUAUUAUGGAGAGAGAUAGGUCCGUAUUGUCUUGCUGGCAUUGGUGUAUUAGUUAUCACAAUACCUAUUCAAAUCUGGUUUGGCAAGUUUUUCGCACACAUGAGGUGUCUAUCAAAACGUCCGAAAUGGUUUCUCAUAUAUUUUUGUCAAUGUUAUAAAUUUCUUUUAAGAUCAAAAACUGUUGCAAAGACGGACCAGCGUGUCAACAUCAUGAAUGAAGUCAUCACAUCAAUGCAAGUUACAAAAAUGUACACAUGGGAAGAUUCGUUUGCUCAAAUGGUCAACGAAGUCCGAAAAGACGAGAGCAACCGCAUUAUGAAAACAGCUCUUGCUCGUUCCAUCAACAAUACCAUGUUCUCAGUCAGUCCAUACUUGGUUUCUUUUGCAACAUUCGCGCUCAUUUAUAAAUAUGGUGAUGGAAUUACAUUAUCAAUAGUGUUUUUAGUACUGCCUCUAUUUUUUGCAAUCCGUCUGGGUGUCGUGUUGUUUUUUCCACUAUCGAUACAGAUGCUUACUGAAGCUUACGUAAGCUGCAAAAGAAUUCAGGCUUUUCUGUUGGAAGAUGAACAAACUCAAGAUAAAUCGCUAACAACGAAACAAUCUUACACUAUCUUACCUUCAAGAAACGAGCCUUUAUUACAUUUUCAGAAUGUCACUGCAUCUUGGAACAAUGAUUUAGAAGAUGUAAUUUUCGAUUUAUCUUUCAAAGCAGAUUCGGAGAAUUCUUUAGUGAUGGUUGUUGGACCUGUUGGUUCUGGAAAAUCAUCCGUCUUGACAGCAGCAAUGAAUGAAAUUAACAUAAAGAAAGGAAAUGUCACCAGGAAUGGAACCAUUGGAUACGCUGCACAGCAAGCAUGGAUAUUCUCAGGAACAAUUCGAAGCAAUAUUCUUUUUGGGCAAGCAUUCGAUAAGGAACGUUAUGAAAGAACAAUAACUGCAUGUGCUUUGACACAGGACAUCAAAUCAUUUGCAAAGGGAGAUUUAACAUUAGUUGGCGAGCGAGGUGUAUCACUAAGUGGUGGACAGAAAGCUAGAGUUAGUUUAGCAAGGGCAGUUUAUGCUAAUGCUGAUAUCUAUCUAUUGGAUGAUCCGUUAAGUGCAGUUGAUACGAAAGUUGGAAAAUAUAUUUUUGAAAAGUGUAUCAAUGGUUUGCUACGCAAAAAGAUUGUUGUUCUUGCCACGCAUCAGAUUCAGUACUUAAAAUAUGCAACAGAUAUUGUCUGCUUGAAAAAGGAUUCCACAACCAUUACUGGCUCUCUACAAGAGUUGUCUAAAAAUGGUGUGAAUCUAAUUAGUAUCCUACAUGAAGAAUCACACGAAAAGGAGUGGGAACACGACUCAGCUAUAGAAACUGAAGAUCACAUUGAAUACAUGCACGUUGACCGAAACGAAAUUGGUCUAUCCAAAGUAAUUACCGACAUUGGACAGACUAAUAAAGGCUUACAUGGUUCACUCGAGUCGUUAAAUAGCUUUGAUGUAGACUCUGGAAAAAACGAAGAAGUUGAAGAAGACGAAGAAGAAGAAAGUAGGAAACGUGGCUCAAUUUCAGCUAAAUUGUAUCUUCAGUACUUUUUAAAAGGCGUUGGUUGGCUCGCUACAUUGGCAUUGGUUUUAUCAUUGAUAGCAGGCCAGGUGAUGUUAACUCUGACUGAUUAUUACCUUGCCGAAUGGGCGAACGGUGAAGAGCAACGCAAUAAGAAUGUCACAAUUACUGCAAAGUUUUAUGUUGAAAGUGAUCCACACAUCAACGUUUAUAUCUUCGCCUCCCUUGUUGCUGUUAGCUUUCUGAUGAACUUCUUCCGGACGACAUAUUUGUAUGCCAUACUUGUCAGAUGUAGUCGACAGUUACAUAACUUGAUGUUUAAAGCUGUUCUAAAGGCACCCAUGUACUUCUUCAACACGAAUCCAGUAGGCCAAAUAUUAAACCGAUUCUCUCGUGAUGUGUAUUUCAUGGACGAUGAACUACCUUGGACAUUCUUUGAUUUAGCUUAUCUCUCCUUAUUAACAUUGGCGAUAAUCAUAUUAAACUGUAUCAGCGUUCCAUAUCUAACAGUUCUUGUCAUUCCAUUGAUGAUCAUAUUUUUCUACGCAAGACGUUAUUACAUGAAGAGUUCUCGUGAAUUACGAAGAUUGGAAGCUGUGUCCCGAAGUCCGCUAUACACACACAUUUCAGCUACGCUAGCUGGCAUCACAACUAUCCGCUCCUUCGAUAUUCAAGAUAAAGUUGUGCAAGAGUUUUAUACUUGCCAAGAUUAUCAAACUGGAGCGGGGUUUAUGUUUUUAUCAGGUUCAAGAUGGUUUUCCCAACGUCUGGAUUUGUUGACUGUCUUGUUUUCAAUCUGUUCAAUAUUUGCACCAAUAAUUGCAGCUUCAUACAUAGACAUUGAUACAGGCUUAGUUGCUGUCAGUUUGUCAUAUAUCUUGUUGCUGUGUGGCGUGUUUCAGUGGACUGUGCGGCAAAGUGCUGAAGUUGACAAUAUGAUGACAUCUGUAGAGAGGGUAUUUGAAUAUACAAAGCUAGAACCUGAACCUGAUAAUGGUACUAAUAAAGGCUUGAGAGAAACAUGGCCAGAGAAGGGUUCAAUAACCAGUGAGGGAGCUUCCUUUAGCUACCACACAUCGCUUCCCUGUGUUUUAAAGAAGAUGGAUUUUUGCAUUAGGCCGAUGGAAAAGAUUGGUAUAGUCGGACGUACGGGCGCGGGCAAAAGCUCUCUUCUUUCCAUGUUGUUUUGUAUGGGUCAUCUUAGCGGAACAGUUCGAAUCGAUGGAUAUCCUAUUUCUGAUUUAAAGUUAAAAGAUUUAAGAAAGACGAUAUCAAUUAUCCCACAGGAUCCUGUUAUGUUUAGUGGAAGUUUGAGAAGAAAUCUUGAUCCGUUUAAUGAGUAUGCAGAUGCUGAUAUAUGGCAAGCUAUAGCCGAGGUUCAGUUGAAAGAACAUGUGAUGGAAUUACCAGGCAAAUUGGAAUCAGAGAUAACUGAAGCAGGUUCCAACUUGAGUGUUGGAGAACGUCAACUACUUUGCUUAGCACGUGCAUUGUUGAAGAAGAACAAAAUAUUAGUGGUUGAUGAAGCAACUGCUAAUGUGGACAUGGAAACUGAUGCUCUGAUCCAACAAACCAUCCGAAAAAAGUUUAAAGAAUGCACCGUGCUCACUGUGGCCCAUCGAUUAAACACAGUUAUGGAUUCUGAUCGUGUCAUGGUAAUGGAAGACGGAAGUGUAUUAGAAUUUGACGAACCGUAUCAGCUUUUACAAAAUUCAACAGGCUCCUUUCGCAAACUGGUCGAUCAAGCAGGCAUCAACGAGGCCAACAGGCUAGAAACACUCGCAAAGGAAGCGAAUCAAUUACGCUAUCGGAGCGAAUCAAGACGACAUGAUGACUCUUAUCUGGGUUCUUUGAUUGAAAGAGAGUUUGAACAACGAGCACAGAACUGGGAAAUUUCAUUGUUUAAAAGUUCCAUUUAAAUUUUUGUUGGACGAUAUUUCUGUUAUUUUAGAUCUAUAUUCAUACUAAUUAAUUUUUAAAAGAUUAGGUUUCUAGAUGUUGUGAGAUCAGCG